AUCAACUCCGCGCUUUUAAACCCGAUUUCCUUCGUCGACGCUCCUAAUAUUAGCCCACGCUAUUGCUCCCGAUUCCCUUCGUCGACGUUCCCACCAUCAACCUGCACGUUAUUGCUCUCCAUACCCCUCGCGACCUGAGUCAAACGCUUCUCUCGAAGCCUGACGAACAUCCAAGGAACAAUGGGGAAACGCAAGAGUUCUAGGAAGCCAGUGGCGAAGAAGAAGAACGAGCCUCUCCCAACCCUCUUCACCUGUCUCUUCUGCAACCAUGAAAAGUCCGUGACGGUCAAGCUCGAAAAGAAGGCCGGCAUUGGCUACCUGGAAUGCAAAGUUUGUGGUCAGAGAUUCCAAUGCGGGAUCAACUAUCUCUCCGCUGCUGUAGACGUUUACAGUGAAUGGGUAGAUGCAGCAGAUGCCGUCGCCCAGGAAGCCGCAACACAGUCAGCUCCUAGCAGGUUACCUAGUGGACGAGCCAUGACCUCGAGCCGGAGAAUAGAAGAGGACGAUGAUGACAGAGGAUACGAAGGGGAGGGCAUUGUGGCUGAUGAUGAAUACGAUUGAUCUAUCACUGGCGGGGUUCGGUUUCAACUUCACCUUCACUAGGUUUCGCGUUCGCUGGGGCGUUGAAGGCAUUGAAAUAAAAUAUUGGCGGGCACUGGCGGUUUCAGUCAUAACAGAGGUCUGCGAGGGUCUCAGGGGACACUAUUUGACAUUGGGGGGUAUUUGACGUUUCCAUUACUCUCAUGCAGAGACGGCUGGACUCUGGGAACGCUAAGCUUCACCGGGUAUAAUAUCUAUCCCCAAAAUCACCCAAACCGGGUA